GAGUGAGGGGAGUGAAACAGUGAGAGUGAGUGUGUGAAAGAGAGGGGAGGGAGACAGAGCGUGUCUCAGUGUCCGAGUGCGUCAGUGUGUCAGGGAUUAGUGUGUGCUAGUGUGUGCUGGGCAUGGCUUCGAUGGUGAAGUCUGUCCUCGGGGCUCCGAUCAAGCUGUUCUCGCCCUGCCUGUCUCUGGAGGAGAAGGAGCAGGAGCAGCGCAGCGCCCCCUGCAGGCAGAAGCGCAGGACCGCGGACGAGUUGCACAGAUACCAGGAGCAGCUGGAGGAGGAGAAGAGGAAGCGAGACGCUCGCUACGAGAAGAGGAACGGAGAGAGAGCCGCCAUGAGAACACACUUCCGGCACAAAUACCAGCUCACACAGAAUGCCAAGGAUGACAACCACCUGAAUGCAGUGGGGGGGAAGGUGGUGCUCCCCCGCGAGCUGGCUGCAGUGGUACGGUCCGAGGUGCCCACGGCCCAGGAGCGGGGGUUCAGUCUGUUUGGUUCGUUCCAGGGGCUGGACCUCAGAGCGCUGAGAGAGUCGGCACAGAACAGCUCACAGCAGUGUCGUGUCAUUUCCUCGGAAGAAAAGCAAGACAAGAAAGAAAGAAAGAGUGAGGAGCCAGUGAUCAGUUUGUUCCCAGCUCCCUCGGCGAUGGGAGUGUCUCUCUCUCUCACAGCAGGGGGGGCGCGACAGCUCAGGGGAACAGCCGGGUGCAGGGGCUUCGCAGAGGGGGGGCGCAGGGCUGGUGGAAAGGCGGGGGAGGGGGGGGUGCGUCCCUUCGAUCGGAUCCCCAGCACGGGCCGCAGCGGCUGGCUCAACCUGGCCCGGUUCUGGAAGGAGGGUGUGUUCAGGACCCUGCACCUGCACAUGGAGCAGACCUUCAACAGACUGGGACCCAUUUACAGGGAGAGGCUGGGAUCCUCGGACUCGGUGAAUAUUCUGCUCCCGCAGGAUAUCGGGGAGCUGUUCCGCUCCGAGGGGCUGCACCCCCGCAGGAUGCUUCUCGAACCCUGGGCCGCCCAUCGAGAAUACAGGGGCCAGCACUGUGGAGUCUUCCUCAAGUCAGGUGUCUCUCUCUCUCUCCCGUGUCUCUGUCUCUCCUGUCUCAGGGAGGUCAUGACCCCCGCGGCGGUGAUGCGUUUCCUGCCUCUGCUGGACGAGGUCGCGCAGGACUUUGUGGGCAGGCUGCGCGGGAGGCUGGAGCGAGGUCGCGCAGGACUUUGUGGGCCGGGCUGGAGCGGGGGGGGACCUCGACCCCCCGGGGGGGGGCGGGGGGGUUUGACUGUGGACCUGGCCCCCGAACUCUUCAGAUUCACCCUGGAGUCGAUCUGUCACGCUCUGUACGGAGAGCGAGUCGGUCUCCUCUCGGACUCCCCCAACCCCGAGGCUCAGCGCUUCAUCUCCGCUGUGGAGCUCAUGUUUGAGACGACCCUCCCCCUGCUCUACCUGCCCCCCCGGCUGCUGCAGAGGCUCGGCGCCCCCCUGUGGAAAGAGCACGUCGCUGCAUGGGACCACAUCUUCCAGCACGGUGAGCAACGGAGUCUGUACGUGCUGACGGCUCACUACAGCCCCGCCUCCUUCCUGCGCCUCACUUCCUGUCAGCCUCUCUUUGAGGAGCUGUUGCUGCUGCUGCAGCCCCUCUCUAUCCUGACCUUUCACCUCGACCUGCUAUUCGAACACCACCACCUCCUGCCGGCCAAUCAGGAAAGCUGCAGAGCCAGCUCGGCCAAUCAGAUCCCCAGGGGGUCAGCCUCAGCCAAUCGGGGGCCAGAUGGAAAGGGAACAGCCAAUCAGGACAGCCCUGGUUUAGCGAAUGGAAAUGAGCCCAUCGAUCAGGGGCCAAAACUCGGCACAGCCAAUCCAGCACCUGGAGGUGGGGCCGGUCCAACCAAUCAGAAGCCAGCUAGCAGGAAAGAGGCAGGUAGCAGCGGCCCAGCCAAUCAGAGUGUGCUUUUUCCUGUGGAGUGGGAGCUGGGAGGAGCGCCCCCUGGUGCUGGGAGGCCCCUGUCACAGCAGGCAGGGCAAGCUCUUCAGAGCGGCUGGAAGCAGAUAGUGCAGUGGGGGGGCGGGCUGGGACAGAACUGGGCUGGACCGGACCAGGCCAGCAGAACCAAGGCUGGGGAGGGAGAGGGGAGCUGGUGGGACAAGCUCAUCCAGAACCCCUGGGUCUCUCUCUCCCCCCACACACAGACACAGAACUGGGGCAAGGACCCCUGGAGCUGCACUGAGACACAGUCAGGCACCUCGCCAGACACCUGCGGCACGGACGCAGAGGCCACGCCCCCCGGCGGGUCAGGAGCGGGUCAGAGGGCGCCGGCGGGGUCGGAGGUGAAAGGGGCUCAGUUCUGGAUGCUCGGCAGACUUUUCGGAGCUUCGCUGGGGGACAGAAAGCCAGCGACACAGGAGCAGAAACUGCGGGCCGUGCGCACGCUGUGCGAUUACCAGGGCUCGGGGGCGGAGCUUAGCUUUAGGAAAGGGGAGGAGCUUCCCCUGGUGGGGGCCGUGGACGAGGAGUGCAUCCGUUGUCGUCAAGGAGACCGCGAGGGGCUAGUUCCCAUUGGCUUCGCCUCCCUGAUCAUGUGA